ACUAAAUCAUGUGAUAUUGGGUCCUUGAGUUCCCCGUUCGUGUUUACAUUUUGUGACCUCAUGGCUGCUUUCUCGAGAACAGCGUCUCUCCUCUGUAAAAAUGCCGUACGAUCAGAAUCAUUGGGCAAACUCAACAAUUUCUGCACUUCAGCACGUGGGUCAAAAAGUUACCAGCUGGUGGUGGUAGGGUCUGGGGCCGGGGGUGCCGCCAUCGCGGCUAGAUUUAGCUCCAAGCUCGGCAAGGGGAAAGUCGCCAUUAUCGAACCUUCAGACGCCCACUAUAAUCAAGCCAUGUGGACUCUUGUUGGCGGUGGGAUCGUAAAGCUUGAGGACACUUACAGGCCCAUGGCAUCCAUCAUUCCUAGCACCUGUGACUGGAUUAAGGACAGAGCGACUACCUUUAAGCCCGACACCUGUACUGUAAGCACACAGGGAGGGGAAGAGAUAAAGUAUGAAUAUUUGGUUGUAGCGGUGGGGUUACAGCUGAGAUACGAAGAUAUUAAGGGUCUUACUGAAGGCCUAGAAAUGGAUCCAAUGUUGGUCAGCAACUAUUCCGCGAAGUACGUAACGCGCACAAUCAACGCCAUUGACAAGUUUAAAGGCGGUCAGGCGGUUUUUACGCUGCCAAAUACCCCGAUCAAAUGUCCAGGUGCCCCGCAGAAAAUUAUGUAUCUUGCCGAGUCGAAAUGGAAAAAGAAUGGUGUAAAGAAAAGUAGCACUAUCACUUACAAUACUGCUAUGGGGGUGAUGCUUGGAGCGCCGAAAUAUGCCGAGGUCCUCAGAGGAGUCUGCGAGAAGAGAGGGAUACAAGUCAAUUUUAAAACAAACCUGGUUGAAGUAAAUCCUGAGAAGAAAGAAGCUGUUUUCAUGAAACUAGAGACUGGUGAAACAUAUGUUCAACCGUACGACUUUAUGCACGUGACCCCACCCAUGUCAACACCAACUGAACUGAAGAGCAGCCCAUUGGUGAACGCUGGCGGCUUUCUUACUGUCGAUAAGUACACGUUACAGCACUCCCAGUACCCUAAUGUCUUUGGGAUCGGAGACUGCACUGAUGUUCCCACCCCAAAGACUGCAGCCGCUGUAGCAUCCCAGUGUGGAAUCGUGGCUGAAAACUUAGCUGCAGUGAUGAAGGGAGGGACGCUUACCCGAAAGUAUGAUGGGUACACGGCAUGUCCACUAGUGACCAGCUACAACACCUGCAUCAUGGCCGAGUUCGCCUUUGAGGGCGUUCCCAUGGAAACAUUCCCUAUCGACCAAGGCAAAGAACGCCAAUCUAUGUACUGGGUGAAACUACACAUCUUGCCGAGAGUAUAUAACUUGAUGACAAAAGGCUGGUGGAGCGGACCUGCCCCUGUGAGGAAGAUAUUUCAUUUGGGUCUAUCAAAACAAGAAUAAUAUGGCCACGUUCACAUUGAUUUUAACAAAACAAGCUUAGUCUUUAGAAAAUGCACCCGAUUCUUCCCCAUCCCCACCUCCAAAUUAAGCCCAAUCUUUUCCCAACACAGUGCAUUAUUCAUUGUGCCAGUGGCUUAAAUACUUAGGGCGAUAGUGCGGUUACAGAGCAGGCAAUGGUAAUCAAACGCUCCUUGACAUUGGAGACUUAACGAUUUCUGUUUAGGCCCGCGUGACAGGAAUGGUAGUUUUAGGAAUGGAAGUCCUGUAAAAAAGUAAUGGGGAACUGACUGACACCUGUUUAUCGUAUUUUAUCUGAAAGGUGUGUUAGCUGCACAUAAAAAGGGGCAGUAGAUAUCUCUUCUCUAGCACAACGGCUGUGAAACCUAUUUGGAGCUACGACUUCGAUACUAAUUGGAGGACGACUUUGAAAUCUAGGAAUGCGAUGAAUUUUAUAGAUGGGCAACAAUGUGUCUUGGACUUAUGGUAAAGAUGAGGACCAAACUACCGCAUAGGCUACUUAAUAGGCCUAUGUGGCGGCAGCAAUGGCGUGAAGCACAAGAUAUAUUAAAAACACCUAACAUCAUUUUAUAAACUUGAAACCUGACAAAAAAUCUCAAAACUCUCUGAAACUGAAUAGCUAAGGCCUUGCAGUUCUUUUUGCAAGAGGUAGGGGUCAUCUAAUAAGGUAAAAAGGGUCCAUCAAUUCAAAUGAUAUUACAGUCGCCCAUUGUUUGAUAACAGUUUAAAUGCAAGUUCUGAUGAGGGAGAAUUAGAUCAUUCGUAAACUCUGUUGCAUCAGCAAUAAAUCACAGCUAUUUUAUUGGAAAUGGGAUGGAGGAGGAGUCAGCCUUCUCCGUGUCUUUAUAUUAUGAAUGUGUUGAUUUAACACGGAGUCGGUUUGUGUCAGAAAUAUGAGACAAAUCUGGAUGGUACCCGUGUAUUAGUGUGUCUAGAAUUCAAUGUUUUAUGGCCUUGUCUUUGGUUCCCCAUAAUCAUAAGAUAUCAAACUGCCACAGAGUCGUUGGUAAAUGGAGUUCAGUUUCGUCACGUUACAUUAACAAACCAAAAACUCAUUUAUGAGAAUGUCACGUAGCAAUACGCAAUUAAUGACGCUCAUUAUUAGAGAAUACGUCGAGCUGACGUGGUGCGGUAGAGAAGAACUGCAGUAGAAAAUUAAAUAGAACUGCUGCUGCUGAAUGGAAUGAUUAAUGGGAUCUUCACAGGUCAGCAGACGACAUCCAAUCCAUCAUUUAGAAUUAGGUAACAAUUAUUAGUCAUUCUUUGAAAGAAACGUUUUUACAUUAGCAGUUCUCUGUUGCUGCACAGAGGUGUAAGGUUGGACAAGAGACGUUAUUUGCGCAGUCGUAAAACUCGUACGACGCGAAAUUUUAAUUAAGUUUGUACAAACGAUUGAUCACGAGAAAUGGUAUAAAGGAAAUAAACGAAAACGGAGAACUGUGGAAACAGUCUUAAGAUACAUAAAACGAGAUACGUAAAAUGGAAUAGCCGUGUUAUUUACGCUGAGUGGGCAACUCGCUCCCAGCUUCCGACGUUGUGCAUUUUCGUAUCAAGUUGCGUUAGAGAAACUUAGCCCGUGGCUCUUGAUGGCUGAUUUAAGAAAUUGCGCCGCCUUGAAGGAUAGAUUAGCAGUCUGAACAGAGAGCAUUUCAGUUAUUUUUCCGCACAUCAAUGUGUUUAUCCUAGUCGGGAAACGAGUUAAAUUAAGCGAACUAAGCCGGUCUAAAUGUAUCAAUCGGCAUAACGUGUAAUAUAUACAACAUCAAUUGACACACAAAAACACUUGUAUAUUUUUUUCUAAAGCAGUUGUACUCCACACAAGAGUAGACAAGCGCCAGACUGAAAAACAGCAGAGGUGGUAUGUGCACUAAUUGACAUAGUAAAAUGUAAACUGGGGGCAGUGCGCCAAGGUGAGCACCAAGUCCUUUAGUUUGCCGAGUCUUUGACCCUCUUUUAUCAUGAUCAUUAAACAGCCUGUGACCUCGCACCAAGCCACCUUCGUUGAUGAAAAAGCCCCCUAAACGCCGGACGACGAAGUCCAUUAAUGUGUCCCGGGUGCGUUCUCUGUCCGCUCAAUUAGCUAUCUAUACCUACUCAGAUAGAUGC